AAAGAGGGAAGCGGGGGUGUAUUUGACAAAAAAAAGUGAUGCAAAUAGUAACCACCAAACUGAAAAGUUAACAGCCCAACUAGGCCCGUAAUAUAAUCAUCGCGUUCGUUGAGAAGUGUUUUCUUCUUUCUCUACUCUGCAACUUCGAACUGCGAAAAUUAAGAUGGAAGAAUGCGAAGUCGUAGAUUUAUACGAACUUCACUAUUCAGACUUAACGUCAUCACCUUCAACGAAACUAGAUUCCAUAAUGGAAGCACUCGGAGCCAGUGGUCCAGGCCUCCUCGCCGUCACCGGCAUCCCCAACGUAACCAACCUCCGCUCUUACCUUCUCCCACUCGCUCGAAAACUCGCUCUUCUUGACCGCCAAACUCGUAAUCGCAUUCUCAAGGAGCAUAAUUUAGGUAGUGACGUUCCUUUGAAAAUUCCACAUAGGAGUGUGUCUUCUUUCGCUAUGAAACUUAAUUAUGCAAAAACAUGUUCUCAAGAUAAAGAUGGAACUCAAUGUUAUGGUAAUGGAUUUGAGAAUCUAGGAAAUGCUUUUCAAGAGUUAGGGUUUUGCAUGAUGGAAGUUGGACUUUGUCUUGCUAGAGUCUGUGAUAAGGCAAUUGGUGGCAAUGAAUUGGAACAAAGCUUAUUGGAGUCAAAUGCUGCAAAGGGGCGUCUUAUUCAUUAUCAUUCCCAUUUUGAUUCUAUAUUCCUUCAACAACUUGAUAUUAACAAAAGAAGGGCUAAGAAUAAUAAUAUAAAGUCAUUAGAAGAAGGGCCAUGUUUGAAAUCUACUGCUUGUGAUGCAGUUCAUUCUAAUUUGUGGCAGCAGUGGCAUUAUGAUUAUGGUAUAUUCACUGUUCUAACGACUCCUUUUUUUACAACACAAGAUUCAUCUACUUGUGUUGAAUGUCCAUCACCAACUGGGAAUACAAAUUUGCAGAUAUAUGAUCCCAAUAAGAAAAGGGUCUUUAUGGUUAGAGCACCUCCUGAAAGUUUUAUUGUUCAAGUUGGGGAAUCGGCUGAUAUAAUCUCGAAAGGGAAGCUUCGAUCAACCCUACAUUCUGUUCACAGACCUUUCAAGUUUGAAAAUUUGAGCAGAGAAACUUUUGUUGUGUUUCUGCAGCCUGCAUGGACUAAAACUUUCUCUUUAUCGGAUUAUCCUUUUGGAAAAUCGACAUUCGAUGGGGUUGAUGAUGAAGAACAGCGGUUGGUGUGGGAUAAUAACAAAGUGAGUCUUGAAAUUCAGAAAAUAGUUCCACCACUGUCAUCACGGAUAAAGGAUGGGAUGACUUUUGCUGAGUUCUCACGUGAAACAACAAAGCAGUAUUAUGGUGGUAGUGGUUUACAAUCAAAUAGAUACUAGUUUGUGUAAAUGUUUUCAAAUUCGAAUCAGAUGGUACAAUCAAAUCAGUUGAACGGUAAACCAUCACUGUCUCUAUGGUUCAACUGUUGUUUCAUUAAUUUCUGAUUUGGUUUUUAAAACAUUGGUUCAUGUUAAGUCCAUUUCAAUGUCCCCUUGCCAAAGCAUUUGACAUUGAAUAGCUAACCUUACUGAUUAUGUAUUUCAGUACCCUUUUUUUCUUUGUUGAAUAACCAUAUUAUGCAAGGAGAGAUAAUGAUAUUAAUUUAUGGAGACCUU